CUGGUCUAGUGGACGCCCCACUUCCUCCAAUGCCUGCACAUUUCUGUUUCUAGUCAAAAUCAUGGUGCAGUCGUUCCUUGUCUGUCAGUCAAUCCCAGUUUCUAUCUACAUUGUAGCACAUCAGCACACAAAGUCCCUGUCCCUAACACAUGUAACUAUAUCUGCUACAAGUCUAUUCUCUGGGCUUGGUUCCCAGUUGUGGACCCUCCAUAUUGGACCAUGGAGAUUGUGACGUUUGAUGCCAGCUCUCCCUAUAAGCACAUGUUCCUCCACGUCACAAUUAAGUUUCCAGUUUGAAAUGCAUGUGAUGGUUUUCCAAAGGGAACCAUGUGCGUAAAUAGUAGUGUGUGUAUAUAUUCUCCAUGAUGGCCGUUAACUUUAUUCAAGUGCAGGCUAGAACUGACGGUGCACAGGUGUUGUGUUCUUCCUGAUCAAGAUGGAGGCCAUUAAUAGUCACGCAACUUUACUGUUGGCAUGCCUGAACCACCAACGGCAACAAGCUCGCUGGUGUGACUGUGUGCUCAGACAGAGACAGGAUCCAGGACAACUCUACCCAGCACACAAGUGUGUAUUGGCUGCCUCCAGUCCAGUCUUGGCUGCUAUGCUGUCCUUUACUGGUUCAUUGGUGGAACUGCAGGCUCCUUGUAUGGCUGACAGUGUCCUUGCGCUGGUCCUAGACUACAUUUACACAGGAGCUCUGCCUUGCACUCUGAGUUGGAGACAGUCCGAAGGUCUUCUUGCUGCUGCUCACUUUUUAAAGAUGGAGGACCUGCAGGAGUUUCUAAUGAACAGUCCACAAGUGGAUGGUGGGAAGAGAACCCUUGACGACCCUUUUGGGACUCCUGGAAUUCAUGAAGACGGUUUAAUGUACACUUCUUUUAGAAUGGAUGAAGGACCUCAGAUACUUAACUCCAGGUCCAGAAAAGAAGAAGAGCUUGUGAAGAUGAGGAGAGAGACUGUGACCAACAGUACUUCCUCAUUCUCGGUCAUCCGUCACAUCAGCAGAGGUGCUUCAUCCCCUGGAAGAAGAUCAGAGCUACACCCUGCAUGUGAAGCUGAGGGACAUGAUCAUCAUCACUGCCUGACCCCACACGGGGACGUGCCUAUCCCACCUGACUUGGACCUUCAUGUCUCCUCCUGUCAGUCAGAGCAGUCCAGUGAUGAUGAGGACGUCGGCAGCAAAGUGAAGAUGCUGUGUGUUGGUGAUGAAGAGGAAGAUGCACUAAUUCGCAAUGGAAAGUGUCCUGUGUUGGACAUCCGUGCUCCCAGUGUGUCAGGUGACCACGUCCAAGCAUCUUCUACACUCAGUGCAGGUGGUCCUCCAUUCCACUGCUCCUUGUGCACUCGCUCCUUCAGCCAGCGAGGUUCCUUGAACAGACACGUGCACGCUCACCUCGGAGUGCAACCUUUCCCCUGCCCACGCUGCUCUAUGACCUUUUCGUGCCAGUACCGCGUCACGGAGCACAUGCACGUGCACAAGCGCUGUAGAAACGUGGGGAAUGACUCGAGAACCCCGCCUGUGUCUUCGAUUUGAGGUUGUAUCAAAGUAUUUGGCCCUGUAGAAGCACUUACAUACUUCUGGUCACAGUUAAUACAUUUUUUUCAAGCCAAAAAUACUGUAUCUUUCUGCUUCUCAAGAACGAUACUGAUAACUGAUCAACUUAUUAAUAUUUUUUAAAUUUAAUUUGUGCACAUACCUUUCUUUGCAACUGGUUUUGGGUCGGCUUGGUUACUAAAGUGUUGGCGCUUGAUGUUUUUUUCCCUUGAUGUUUGUAGAACAUUCUGUGGAAAUAGCUGGCAAAAUGUAUUCCUCUUGAAGGGAAACUGCACAUUUUUAGGAAUUUUUUUCAUUCACAAUCAUGAAAGACAUGACGACAGAUUUUUUUUUUUUAUUGCAUUCUAACUUAUUAAGUAGGUUAUACAUGUAAAGCGCUUUUCUACCUUUUUUUAAGGAACUCAAAGCGCUUUGACACUAUUUCCACAUUCCCCCAUUCACACACACAUUCACACACCGACAGCAGGAGCUGCCAUGCAAGGCGCUAACCACGGCCCAUCAGGAGCAAGGAUGAAGUGUCUUGCUCAAGGACACAACGAACUUGACUAGGAUGGUAGAAGGUGGGGAUUGAACCAGGAACCCUCAGGUUGCUGGCACAGCCACUCUCCCAACUACACCACGCUGUCCUCAACUUUUGAAUAAAAGUCAGCUUACAGCAGAGCCAACGGGAGGUCCUCUAUUUUGCUCAUAAAAUCCAAUAAAAAAAAAAACAAUGCAAAAAAGCGCCAACAAUAUUCCAUUUAAUCAGAAUUAUUUUUAUUGUCAAGUAUAUUCGCACAUACAAAGAAUGUGUCUAGGUGUGUUGGUGCAAAAAUAGCUCAAAUAAGAAUCAAGGCUAAGAUAGCAAGUAAAGUAAAUUAUAUUUAUAUAGCGCUUUUCUCUAUAGUCUCAAAGCACUUUACAUGGUGAAACCCACUAUUUACAUAUUUAAGCUACAUUUAAACCAGUUUGGGUGGCACUGGGUAAAGUGUUUGGCCCAAGGACACAAGGGCAGUGACUAGGAUGGCGGAAGAACUUAGUAAAAUAAAAUAAGAGAUGUAGGGAGCACUUGGCAAUAUAUAAAGAGGAAUACAUUUUUUUUAUUUUUUUUUACAAAAACAAAAAUCACACAAAAUAUACAGGGUGCAAAAUAUGUAAGUGCAGUAAGCAUUAAUGUAACGCAUAAAAGAAAACCAGACAGUUUCUGCCUUUUGCAUCGUUGUGGUAUUUUGUGACUGGGGGCUGAUAAAAGUUAUGUGGGGGAGCAGCGAGGGCAGGGACAUUGUUAAGUAGUCUGCCAUCAUAGGGGAAUACCGGUAAACUGUUUUUGAGUCGGGAUGUUUUGGUCCUGCUCCUUAACAAUAUUACAUUGAUUAUGUUGGGCAAAACAUUUGUUGUGCUGACAUCCCCACGAAAAAAAGCCCCCCGGAAAUCCAAACACCCAUUAAAGACGAUGUGAGUGCUUUAAUUCAUCAAAGUUGAGGAAGUAAAGUGGAAUAAAUGAUGCAGCCUACUUUUGAUACACUGUUGUCACAAGACAGUUUAUUUACAUUUGAAUACCAAAUAAUACUGUAUACUUUGACAGUGCUUAACUUUUACAUUCUGCAUUGCCAGAGAACACGACAUAUACAAGUUGAUAUUAUUAUACUAAAAGGUGCUGUUUCUUCACAGAAGUAUUUAAUGUGCCAUCUUGUGUUCUCAGUAAUGACAAGUCCCUCCCAAAACCAUUCCUGUUAUACAAGAUAUUAAAAAGCAAUGUCAGCCAUUUUUCCUGUUCAGGGUCACAGGGAAACUGGAGCCCAGCCCGGAUAAUUUUGGAUGGGGGACGACAUUAUUUCCUGCCUUGACACCAAAAUAUAUUGAAUAAAAACAUCACUUUUUAAAAAAAAAAAAUUAUUUGCCAGGCGCAUAUUACAAAAAGGUAGUUUUAAUGUUUUAUGUGGGACCUUUUUCUGUUGGAAUACUUGAAAUUAGGAUAGGUGUUUUAGAAUGAUUAAAUUAAGUAGUUUUACACAGAAGUCAAAUAAAUACCAAAAAAUCAAACCGUUUAUUAAAUAAAUAUGAUUAUAUAUAGGGAUUAUUUCUAUUAAAAAGGAAAUGUUUCCAAGAACGUGUUUUCCUCCACACUGGCCUUUGAAAAAUCUCUUUUUUGUUAAUCAAUGUUUAUUAAUUAGCCCUAAAUCACAAGUGUCUGAAAGGGCUACACAAGCCACAACGACAUCUGCGGAUCAGCGACCACAUAAGGGCAAGGAAAAACUCACAACCCAGUGGGACGUCGAUAAGAAUGACUAUGAGAAACCUUGGAGAGGACCACAAAUGUGGGUUACCGGAUUGAAAGGGUUCACAGAGAUUGUUAGACGCUAAGUGUUCAUUUAGCUGCUGUGCAACAGUUAUCAUUUCAUCUACUCUCUGUAAUUGUAAAGAGUCAAAAUGAAAGUCGCUUUUCAUAGGAUUUUAUACAAACAUUUGCAUUGUAUUGAAAUAUAUAAACACAUUUCCAUUUUUUUGCCACUUAACAUUAUCAUUUCUUAAGCUUAUUGUACUGAAUUGAUAAUGUCUGCCUUUCUCAUAUACUACAAAUGAAAUAUACUUUUAUUUUGUACAAUCAUUUAAUAAAAAAAAAAAAUCAUGUUUACUUAUACAGUGAUAUUUAAAAUGUUCAUAUCUAAAUAAAAUAAUACAAUUUUAAUAUUGUUUUUUCUGUAGAAUGAUUAUUGGAUA